UUACUCGAGAGUUGAAUUUCAUUAUUAUAACAGCAAAUUAUAAUAGCAACAUGAAAUACAUCAAAGAUCUGAGGAUGAUGAUAGGGACCAAUUGUAAGAUGCGAAUGAGGUUGAUAUUGAUGAGCUGGUUGAUGGCCCACCCUGUAGUGGGCCAGGGGAGUAUUCAGAACAUAAACUGUAACAACCAGGUGACGUCAUGUUCAUGUGAAACGGAUAAUGGUCUGAUUGACCUCUCACCUCUUGACUCCAACGAUCCUAAUUAUCCAACGUUCUAUGAUCAGUUUGAUCCUGACAACAAUAACAGAUACUCAUGGAAUGCUUGUUCUGACUUUACUGAGGAUUACAGGGCUGAGUGCACAGAUGUAGCGGUUUGUCAGUACACAUCAACGGCAGAGUAUUAUCCCCUGGGGACCCAAACCUCUGCAAAAUUUGAGAAUGACCCGACUGAUGGACUCAGAAUAACAUACUCACAAACCUAUUUAGGUGUUGAAAGGACCACAUAUGUACAGCUCCUGUGUGAUCCUUCUGCCACAACAGCAAGCAUGGAUGUUAAAGGGGAACCAACGCCUACCAAUUUUAAAAUGUCUCUGACCAGUGCCUCUUGUUGUCCUUCAGGGGGUCCACCACCAGUAACUCCUGGACCAUCAGGUGGAUCCAUUGUUGUCACUGUGGUUACAAGCAUUAGUGUAGGGACCAUACUUCUCAUCAUUCUAGCUGUAGCACUGCCCCUGUAUUUGGCAGGAGGCAUGGUAUUCAAGAGACAAAGAAUGGGUGCACAGGGUGUUGAGAUGGUCCCUAAUAUUGAGUUCUGGAAGAGUAUACCUGGGCUAGCAAAGGAUGGUACGCUUUUCGUAGUAGGAUCAAUCAGGUCUAAGGUUGGAGGUCAAAGAAACUAUGAAAAUAUAUAA